AUCCUUAAAGACGUACACUUGUACAGUGUGAACUUGUUCACUGUUAUAAUAAUUCCAUAAACAUCCUUUAGAUGAGGACGACCAAAUAGCUCGAGCACUAGCAAUGAAGUUUGAAGAGAAGGGCGCUAAAUAUUACAACAACGCUGAUACAAUGAAUAAACAAAAAGUCGCUGUUUUCAGCUUAACGAAAUACCUGAUCGAGAAAACUGACAUAGAUAUUGAAGAAGAAUUUGAGAAAUUUCCUUAUGGAUUGACAAAACCAUACGCCGUGUCGCAGAAGCACGAACAUAUUCAACGAAACAGAUAUAAAGGGAUUUAUCCAUACGACGACACAAGGGUCAAGCUACGCGACUUUGAGACAGAUUACAUUAAUGCUAGUUUCAUAGACGGCUAUAAUAAACGACAUGCGUACAUUGCAGCCCUAGGUCCCAUGUCAAAGCAGCUCGGGGAUUUCAGUCCAUUUUGGCAGAUGAUCUGGCAAGAGAAAGUGGAAAAAAUUGUCAUGUUGACCAACCUUGUAGAAGAUGGAAAAGACAAAUGCGAGCAAUAUUGGCCACAUCCUGGAACCAGUAAACACUACGGAAUGCAUUCUGUUUCCUGUCUGAACGAGGAUGAGUAUGCCGACUAUAAAAGGAGGGAAUUCACUAUUUCAAAGAAACGUGUCCCCCGGAGCUUUCUAUAG